AACAUUUCAACGACAGGAAACUCUUUGGGUUGCUCUUCCACAGCCUGCGCAUGUGUGUGUGAUGCCGCUUCAGCAAUUGCUGCAGUCUUACUUUUAAUAAGGCGAGCGGAUGAUGACAUCUUCACACCCAAGUUUGAAAAGCACCGUUUUUGCUAAAUAGGUCUCAAGAAGAAACUUUGUCAAAACUCUAUAUCUGGAUGGCGGCACUUAAAAUCUAAGAUAGCGGGACGUGCGAGGUGAAAAUUUGACAUCUUUAGAGGAAAGAUGGGAUGUGCUUGCAGUACAGAUUCGGAAGAAUGGUUGGAGAACCUGGAUGACAUUUGCGAACACUGCAACUGUCCAAUACCUCCCCAGUCAAGCAACACAUACACAGACCAGCUGAUUCAACACCCAUCAUCGCAUUCGCCGCCCUUGUCGCCGUUACCAGACAACAUUGCUCUGGCCGUGUACAGCUACGAACCCAAACAUGAUGGUGACCUGGGCUUUGAGAAAGGAGACAAACUCAAAAUCCUUAACAAGGAUGACCCAGAGUGGUACCUGGCGGAGUCCCUCACAACAGGCCAGCAGGGCUACAUCCCAUUUAACUUCAUUGCAAUGACCACAAUGGAGACUGAACCGUGGUUCUUUAGGGACAUUUCUAGAAACGAUGCCAUGAGGCUUCUCCUUGCUCCUGGAAACACACAGGGCUCCUUCCUGAUUCGAGAGAGUGAGACGACCAAAGGGUCAUACUCAUUAUCAAUUCGAGAUCUGGACCACAACGCGGGUGAAGGGGUCAAGCACUACAGGAUCCGUAACCUGGACAGCGGUGGCUUCUACAUCACAGCCAAAAUCUCCUUCAACUCGCUGAAGGAGCUUGUGCAGCAUUACACACGGGAGGCAGAUGGGCUGUGCUCGACUCUGGGGAAACCAUGUCAGUCAAGGGCGCCGCAGAAGCCGUGGUGGCACGACGAGUGGGAGAUUCCCAGAGAGUCGCUCAAGCUGCUGCGCCGGCUUGGAGCUGGGCAGUUUGGAGAAGUUUGGAUGGGUCUCUAUAAUAAUGACAGUAAAGUUGCAAUUAAAAACCUGAAGAUGGGCACGAUGUCAGUGGAAGCUUUCCUCGCUGAGGCCAACAUGAUGAAGAACUUGCAGCAUCCGCGGCUUGUCCGACUCUUUGCCGUGGUUACUGAGGAGCCCAUCUAUAUUGUUACGGAAUACAUGGAAAAUGGCAGCCUGGUGGAUUUUCUAAAAACACAGGAGGGAGGCAAUUUACCCAUCAACACUCUGAUAGACAUGGCGUCUCAGGUGGCUGAUGGCAUGGCUUUCAUUGAGCAGAGAAAUUACAUCCAUCGUGAUCUGAGAGCUGCAAACAUCUUAGUCUCUCAUGAGCUCAUCUGCAAGGUUGCUGACUUUGGACUGGCAAGACUCAUCGAGGACAAUGAAUACACAGCCAGAGAGGGUGCAAAGUUUCCCAUUAAAUGGACAGCGCCUGAAGCUAUCAACUUUGGGACAUUCACCAUAAAAUCUGAUGUGUGGUCAUUUGGGAUCCUGCUUACGGAAAUAGUGACAUAUGGACGAAUUCCUUACCCUGGUAUGUCCAACCCAGAGGUCAUUCAAAACCUUGAGCGAGGCUACAGAAUGCCAAAACCAGAAGGGUGCCCUGAUGGGCUUUACGCCAUCAUGUGCCAUUGCUGGAAGGAGACUCCAGACGACAGACCCACCUUUGAAUACCUGAAGGAUGUCUUGGAGGACUUUUUCGCUUCCACAGAGAGGCAGUACCAUUAGCUACACCGGAUCCAAGAGACACACAUAUCAUUGGAUAACAGGCCUGUGAAUGAAUGCUGGACUUCAAACUUUUCUUUGGAAAGUGUUUGCCUUUUCCAUUGACAGGGUAAAAAUGGAGAUGUUCAAACUUGGACUUUUUUAUACUUCAAACUAUUACAGAAGAAAACUUAGCUCUCCCAAGAGAAAAACAUACUUAAAAAACGAGGGUGGUAGCAGGAAAAAAAACAUCAAUUGUCUUUUUAAUGUGUAAAUAUUGUUAAGUGCUUCAGUUGAGUUUCCCUCUAUUACCUGUUAAAGUGGGAAACUUUAAGGAAAUAUUUUUUGUGGCUGAAACUAAGCCAGAAUUAAAAUGUUUGUUGAUUCAUUGUUGUGAUAUAUUAAAUACAAAGUAAUUUAGUAUUCUAUGUUCUUUUUGCCCUCACUAAAGCUUUUUCACCUGGAUUUAAUAAAUUUGCACAAAAAAGAGGAAACAAUCAUUAUCUUGAUUGUAAGGACAUUACAAUCUUUUCCAUUGGGAUUGAUGGAUUCAGAGAAUGGAGACGAAAUUGUUGAUGGAGUAUUGCAGUUUUUAAAAACUUUCUCAGCCAAGACAGACAUCUUUGUCAUGUGACAGAGAAACAUGCAGAUCCUUAUGAUGUAUGGCCUUUCACUAAUCCCUUAAUAGUUUUAUUCAUAUUUCCUGAUUUUGAUUAUAUGAAUUCUGCAGAUAUAGUGAGGAAAAAAUUGUUCAUAAAAAGACUUAAAGGGAUAUAUUCCAAUGA